UAGCAACUUCCUUUUGUACAGCAUUAGUGUCCACAUAUAAUCUAGUGCAGUAUAUGUACUCUAUUCAAUAUACUUGCAUAAGACACAGAGAGCAGCUCUUUGUGAAAAGAUGCUUUCCUUAUGCUUCCAGCUGUUUGCCGUGUUGGUAAUCUGUGCAGAUUGCAAUGAGAACAAAGAUAUUUCAUAUACAUUCAAACGUUGGAAUACACUUGACCAGCCUUUGCAGGAACAACUUGCUAUAGUGUAUAAGGAGAUGGAAAGCUUGAAACAUGAACAAUCAGUGAUGAAACAAAAGCAAGAAGCAUUGAGUCAGGUAUUACCAUACUGUUCACAGAACCCUAUUGAUACAGAUGUGGAGUUGAAUUUGACAUCACUACAAACUGGCACCAGUCAUCCUCUGUCCACCUUCACUCAGAAUGUGAAUGCAGAUGAAGGCUCUGGCGAGGAUGACAGUGAAAACCCAUCGGACCCCUGCUUUCACUAUGUUGCGUUGGACCAGACCUGGAGAGCCACAAACUACAGCACCCGUAAUGUUGCUUGUGACCGCCGAGUCGAUUGGAAAGGCUGGUAUCGUCUCUUUUACCGUGGUAAGACCAUCCAGAUGCCCGAGAGGUGUGUGACGGUAGAAAAGUGUGGGACCCACUCGCCACUGUGGCUUGACGGUGGUCAUCCUCGCAUUCGGGACGGGGUGGUCACUCGAAAAGUCUGUGGAAACUGGAAAAACAACUGCUGCAUGUUCAAGUCUAAUCCUAUUCAAGUCAAAGCAUGUAGGGGAAACUACUACGUCUACAAGUUUGUCAAACCAGUUGCUUGCCAUCUGGCGUAUUGUUCAGACAUCAACACACUUGUCUGUGGAAAAUGCAAAAAAAGCGAGUCUUGCAUCAGCAGAGACAAAAUCACCUACAUGUGUAAGAAAAACAAAAGAAGAGUGAAAGCAAACGUGCAUUUUUUCGCCACCUACCCGUCCAGCAUUGCAGGAAAAGUCAACAAGAUUGUGUUCAGGAAAGUCUAUGUGAAUCAAGGCCAGUCUUUCAACCCUCGCACGGGGAUCUUCAGGGCUCCGGUGUCAGGCGUUUAUCAGUUCUUCUUCUCCACUCAGACUGGGGGAAGCGGUGCUACUGACCUGUGGCUUGUUGUGAAUAAUUACUGGGUGGCUGUGUCUCAUAGCAAUGUCCAGGGCUCCAGCUCGGUUGGGAAUCUCUCCACAUACAUGACGACUCUGCGCAAGGGGGCGAUAGUUUAUGUGACCCAUAAUCGUGGCCGCUCUUGGGCCAAUAGCGCAUCCAACACCAUUGCUUUUGGGGGUUCAUUACUUAUGGUGAGAAAUAUCUAAGAUGAUGUAAAAGCCGAUUGGAUUUUUAGAGGCUAAAUUUACUAGUUUGUUUGACUUGGGUAUUAUAUAAAAUGUUCACCAUAGGCUCAAUCUGAAAACUUAGCCCUAUAUAUAUUUCUGGAGAUUGCGAAUUACUGUAUGUAGCCGGAAGUACGUAUGGCUGUAUUUCAUCUUUAAAACGAACGCUACGGGGCAGUAUGAUGCUGUUCCUUUUCGUUCUUACCAGUUGACUGCUUACCUCUGUAUGGACGGCUUUACCGCUGUUACCAGUUUGUCCUGUUAGCUCACCAUGUAUGUCAGCGGACUUGAGACACAGAGAGGAGUUGAGCACGACGAUGAGGUUUGAGUUCAGUGAAGAAGGGUUCCAGAAAGCAGAAAAGACAAAAACAGAAGCCAAAAAAUUAAAUAAACAAGUAAAUAACUGGGUGAGAAUGUGGUAAAAUCUGAAAACGUUGUAAAAAUCAGACGAGGGCUUUUAUUUUCUGGAUUGCAUAUGAGAAUUGUUGGUUGGG